CACCCAUCAUCAUCGAGCAUGGCACGCGCAGGUCCCUCCCGUUCGCAAAGAGCCUCGCAGCCCAGCCAGCCUCAGCGCCCCCGUAGGGGAAGAGACACUCCACGCGAUGAGGAAGACUCAGCCGCAAGUGCCGAGGAAGGAGACGAGAAUGGGAACGAGGAAAUGGAGAUAGACGAGGACCUCCACCGAGAUAAAGGGGAGAGCGAGAUAUACAGGAAAGCCAAUGACCUCGUGAGGUUGGCGCUUUUCACGGAACAUAGGAGGGUGCCGCUUAGGAGAGAGGAGAUCAGUAAGAAAGUCCUGGGAUCCAACACGCGUUCGUUUAACGUGGUGAUGGAACAGGCGCAGAAGAUCUUGAGAAAGACGUUCGGCAUGGAACUCGUAGAGCUUCGUUCCCGAGCGGGGCUGGAUCAGGAGGAGAACGCGGAGGCAGAUGGGGAAGAGCGCACGGGCUUGAAAAAGAAAGGCGCGUCCCUCUGGACUCCUUCUCCGACGGUAGUAUUGACAUCUUGCAUUACAGCUGCGGCUGCUGGAUCGAAGACCUAUAUCUUGCGCUCCGUACUCGACAGCAACCUGAUUGAGCUCGCCGCAAUUACGGAUGCUGCCAUUAUCGAGGAAGAGAUCGUGGACAUUCCCGAUAAUGACGAUGACGAGGAGACGUACCGGACAUAUGGGAGCAUUAUUUCCUGGAGCAGUGCUGACCAGCUGCAGGCCAUUGGCAUCCUCUACGUGGUCCUGGCCCUGAUCCUCGUGCACGGGAAAUCACUCAAUGAUAUGGCCCUCCGGGCCUACUUGAAGAAACUCCGCCUCCCUCCAAACGCACCCGUCAACUUCACCCCCACCUCCACACACAAGACUCUCCCGAUUGAUACCUAUCUCUCCCAGCUCGUCCGUCAGGGCUACCUCGACCGACAGCGCGUGGGCGAAAACGCGCAGAAGGGCGGCAAGCGCGGACGCGCGCCGGCGACACAAGCGGGCGAAGACAACGCCGCCAUCGAAUGGCGCUGGGGCACGCGUGCGCUGAGCGAGGUGGGCGAAGUAGGCAUCGCCCGGUUCGUGGCGGAGUUCAUGGUGGAAAGGCAGGUCGAAGAUGAGGAGGAGGAUGGGGAGGAGGACAAUGAACGGAGAGCGAGGAAGAGGGAGCAGGAAAAUAGGAAGAAGGUAGAGGCUAUGGUGAAGGGAAUAAAAAGGGCUGCUAAUGGGUCGCUGAGCGAUGUGAAGUAAUGGAGGAGGACUUUUGAGUGUGUAAUCCAGGCUCGAUCAUAGGCUUUUGUCUGCUUUCCUGAAAGCCAUUACGAUGCCUGCAAGUCUACAUCAUCUCCAAGCGUGCUGCCCACUACAGGAUGCUCGAUUCUGACCUGAAAUAUGGCUGCGAU